CAUUCUGAACACCGUCGUUAGUUAGUCAGAAACCAAACCCAUUUGUUUUGAAAGUGCCUUUUCCGUUGCCUAAACGACCAUGCACCUAAGCGAAGAGAGAAACCUCACCCACUAUGCAUCAUCACUUUAAACGCGAUGAGGGAAACUUGAGAAUGAUCAAUAAAGCUUAACAAGUGUACCUUAUGUAGUGAAGACGGUAGAGAAAUACGUGUUUUGUGUUCAGUAGUUUCGAUAGUGUUUGUUUGUGAAAAUGACGGUCAGAUAUAGGUAUCCAGAAGACAGAUGGCGGGGGUAUUCAAGCUUCCAAAUCUAUAAUCCUGAUGAAGGGACGUAUUUGGGUAGAACCCCUAGGAAUUUGGCGAAAAUUGGGCUUUUUUACCUAAUUUUCUAUGGAAUGCUGGCAGCCUUAGUAGCCAUUUGUAUGUGGGUCUUUUCGCAAACCUUGAAUCCAAGAAUCCCGAAGUGGAGGAAUGAAGAAUCAAUAAUUGGCACAAACCCUGGAUUAGGGUUCAGACCAAUGCCCGAUAACAACGAAGAAAGUACUCUUAUUUGGUUGCAAGGGUCUAACAAAACAAAUUACGAAAAGUGGAAGGCCAACCUGAUGUCUUUUCUAGACACGUAUUACACCCCUGGCAAAAUAGAAAAGGGUAACGUGCCAAUAAAACGAUGUUCAUACGAUGAAUUGCCCAUACCCGGCCAAGUUUGUGAUAUCGACGUGAGAAAAUGGGAGCCUUGCAGUCCUGAUCGUCAUUUCGACUACCACAGAAACGCGCCCUGUAUAUUCCUGAAACUGAACAGGAUAUACGGGUGGGUGCCAGAGUACUACAACGACCCCAACGAUCUUCCAGAGGAUAUGCCUCAACAGCUGAAGGACCAUAUUAGAUAUAAUAUCACUAGACCAGAAGAGAGAAACAACAUUUGGAUCUCCUGCAUCGGGGAAAAUCCAGCAGACAAUGAGUAUUUGGGACCUGUCAAAUAUUAUCCGUCGAUCCAAGGAUUCCCUGGAUACUACUACCCAUACAUGAACUCCGAGGGCUAUUUGAGCCCCCUUGUCGCUGUUCAAUUCAAGAGACCUACCUCCGGUUUAGUUAUCAAUAUCGAAUGCAGGGCCUGGGCCAAAAACAUAAAAUACCAUAGACACGACAGGAGUGGUUCAGUACAUUUCGAACUGCUCAUAGAUUGAGAUGGGAGUAUGGUUGAUGACUGCUGGGCAGAAAUGAUCGAUAGCAAUACGAAUAAUUUUAAAUCUUAUGUUUUUAUCACAUAUGUUUUCGUCUGGUAUUAUGGAAUGGAAGGGCAACUGUUUUUGCCCAGCAGUGAAUUCCGAGCCAAAAUUUAGCAGCUAAUAGUGAAAACGAGAUACUGAUUAGGUUAGUUUUUGUUGUUGUUUCAGUUUUUGAUAUUUAUUGCCAGACGCCGACGUACAAUGUAUAUUUUGAUAAAAUAAAAUUACCUGAUACUUUU